CCAAUUUAUGGUCACAUGACCACAGGGAAAUUGCCAUCCCGGAAACUGGAGUCUGUGUUUGAACAACAAGAGAGAGAGAGAGUUCACUCGGUAAACCUCAAAGUGACGGCGAACAUGCUGCAACCGUUUAUACUCGCCCUCAUCCUGUUGCCAUGGAUCCCAGCCUUCCACUGCAGGGUAACCACCGAGGGAGACAUUGCGGUCAUGGAGGGUCAAUCCCUCACAGUCCCGUGCAUUUAUGAGCCUCAGCAUGCCAGCUAUGUAAAAUACUGGUGUCGGGGGAAGAUGAAGGCGUUCUGCACCACUUUAGCUCGAACAGAUGAGACCCGUUCGGCCGAUCCGGCGGAGGAGAAGAAAGUGAGCAUCUUUGACGACCCGGUCCAGCUGGUGUUCACUGUGACUAUGAACAACCUGAAGGAGGACGACUCUGGGUGGUACAUGUGUGGCGUGGAGAUAGAAGGCGUGUGGCACUCCGACGAUGUCGCUUUCACCUACAUCUCGGUCAUUCAUGGUAUGUCAGUGGUCAACAGCCGGCUGAGUGGGGAAGAAGGGAGUAGUGUCACAGUUGAAUGCAACUACAGUGAGAGAUACAGAGAAAGUGAAAAGAAGUGGUGUCGGAGUGGAGACUGGAGCUCCUGUCUGCUGACUGGUUCUGAAGGGAGCUACGAAGACACUUCAGUGGCCAUCAGAGAUGACAGAACUAGGACUUUCACUAUAACCUUAAAGAAGCUGCAGAUGAGAGAUAACGGCUGGUACUGGUGUUCUGCAGGACAGCAGCAGGUGUCCGUGCAUGUGCAGGUCACACCCCGACCCACGACUACAGCAGUGUCUGUCACAUCCCCACCUACACGGAGUCGGGUUCUUGCAUACCUGCCUCCACCCAAACCCAUCACUAAGGAGUCCAGUCACAGUCUGAUCUUGGAGUCUUUGCUGGUGUGUGCUUCUGUAAUGCUCCUUGUGGGCUUGGCCAUAUUGGCGAGAAAGUGGUGGAAACAGCACAAGCGGGAUCCUGUGCUGAGACAAGUGAAGGCGAUAAAAGCAAAGCACAAUGAGUACUCAGGAGAUUCAGAUGACCCGCAAAACGCUGCUGUCGUUUUCCUGAAAAGGGAUUCCCAGGGCGUAUAUAUUCACUGAGCUUUGUCAGCGCACUGUGUUUAUUGUUACUCUUUGUAACUGAAUGUAAUGUUUGUGUUUGUUCACUGAACAUGCUUUACUGCUAUAGGCUGGGGAUCUUAUAUACGAGAGUAUACUAAGGCGAAGUUACCAGAAUAUAAUUAUGUGGUCAGGGAUGCUAGAAGUCACUCAGUCAGAGUUGAGGGAGCUGAGAGAAAGUCAGUCUAUAUAAUGACAUCAUACUAAAUGCUGCGCAACAUUCAUAUGUUUAGCCUUAAUUUGAAUGGCCAGGAUCAUUUAUAUUGAAUAGUUAUUAACAGCCUUUUACACAAACUCUCAGGUCCUCCUGUGUUUUUAGAGGGCUUAGGUGCUGUGCAGCCUUGGGAUAAGUGGAAUAUGGGGAAUAUGCGGCUGUAGCUCAGUGGGUAGAGCGGGUCAUCCUUUAACCACAAGGCCGGCGGUUCAAUCACUGGCUCCUACAGACUGCAUGUCGAAAUGUCCUUGAGCGAGACACUAAAACCCCAAGAUGCUCCUCGGGCGCUUGCAGCAGCCCACUGCUCCUAAAAAUACUUAGGAUGGGUUAAAUGCAGUGGUCAAAUUUCAUGUAUGUACCUGUAUGUACUAUGACAAAUAAAGGUUUCAUCUUUAAUAUGAGGGUCCUCCCCAAAGAAAA